UGGCGAAGUCUCGCGUGAGCGGAGGCUCAGCGCGGUGAGGCGGCUCCGGCCCCGCCGCGCUCCCGUCCUCCCUCGAUUCCUCCCUUCCUUCCUUCCCUCCCUCCCUUCCUUCCUUCCUUCUUCCGCCGCCUCAACCGGGCCCGGCCCGCGCCGCCCCGGCGCGCCAUGGAGGCGAAUCCGCCCAAGCGGAAGGAAACGCGCAAGUCGCUGCGGGUUAAAGUCAUCUCCAUGGGCAACGCGGAGGUGGGCAAGAGCUGCAUUAUAAAGCGUUACUGUGAGAAGAGGUUCGUUUCCAAAUACCUGGCAACUAUUGGCAUUGACUACGGCGUCACAAAGGUGCAGGUCAGAGACAGAGAGAUCAAGGUGAACAUCUUUGACAUGGCAGGACACCCAUUCUUUUACGAGGUGAGGAACGAGUUUUACAAGGACACACAGGGAGUCAUCCUGGUCUACGACGUCGGACAAAAGGAGUCUUUUGAUGCACUGGACACGUGGCUGGCUGAGAUGAAGCAGGAGCUGGGCCCCCAUGGGAACAUGCAGAACAUUGUCUUCGUUGUCUGUGCAAACAAGAUCGACAGUACCAAGCACCGCAGCGUGGAUGAGAGCGAGGGGCGGCUCUGGGCGGAGAGCCGGGGCUUUCUGUACUUUGAGACAUCAGCACAAACAGGAGAAGGAAUCAACGAGAUGUUUCAGACCUUUUACUCUGCCAUCAUCGACCUGUGUGACAACGGCGGGAAGCGCCCUUCUUCCAGCAUGGGGGUUGGCUUCACCAAAGAGCAGGCGGAUGCCAUUCGCAGGAUCCGCAACAGCAAGGACAGCUGGGACAUGCUGGGGGUCAAACCUGGAGCCACGAGGGAUGAAGUGAACAAAGCCUAUCGGAAGCUGGCUGUGCUGCUCCACCCCGAUAAGUGUGUGGCUCCCGGCAGCGAGGACGCCUUCAAAGCGGUGGUGAACGCCCGGACCGCGCUUCUCAAGAACAUCAAGUAGGGAACAGCCACUCAGAGCUGGAAAACUUCCCCUCCUCCCAGCUAGCUCCUGUGGGGCACCUCUCUCCUCCUCGUGCUUACCGCUGGCACGGACACAUACUCUCCCAGCGCCACCCAUGGGAGCAGGACUGCAUCAACUGGAGCAGCCUUGAGAUGUGCUGGAAAGGGGCAGAGUGCUGAGGAGGGCAGAGGCACCCCAGAGCCCUCCCUGCAUCCAUGGCCCCAGGUCAUGGCUGAUGUAAGUGCUGAAAACAGUGAGGUCCCCACCUUCUCGGCUGUGUUGCACCUCAAGAGAGUUACCAGCCGUGGAGGAGUUUGGGUGCGUGGCUCUAACCUGUGGAUGCAGCAGGAGCAGAUUGAGGUCUGAUCUGAAAGCUGCUGCUCCUGAAAGCAUUGGUGUCGUGGGUGGAGGAUACCCAGGAGAGCAGUCAGUUGUCAGCCCUGGGUUAUCCUAGAGCCGCCUCUGCAAGGCUAGAAGUGUUGAGAAGCACUUGCCAAGCACCGCGGCAGUUCAGCAUCCUGGGCAAAGCUGGCUCCUGCCAGCUGACACCCAACAAUACUGCUUUUGACAGUGAGGAGAAGGGCAGGUUGCUUCAGGAAACCUACUGCAGGGAGAAACUGGCUCCCAGAGUGUCCUUUUCCCCUUCCUCCCCAGGCUGUUGCGGUGCCAGGAACAGUCCCUUCUGCAGGACUGGGGCUCUUCCACCUACUUAUCACAGCACAGAGUCUCCUGCCACCGCCUCCUUCCAUCUCCCUGAGCUCAACUCCUCGGGAAGAGCCCUUAAGGCUGCAGUUCCUCAAGCAACAUGCUCCCUCCCUCCCAUCCCUCUACUCACACUGUGCCAGCGAGCUCUGGGUAGGUGCCACCAUUCCCUAUGGGUGACUGUCCUCAGCUGUGGGUGGCCCUGGCUAUUUGCAAGCAGGAAGAGGGUGCCAACCCAAGGCAGAGGCAGUUCACCCUCCACUCGCUGCCUGUCAGCUCUGCCCUUCCUCCCCCUGACCAGCUUCAUCUCCUGAGCUUCACCCACACUGCAGAGCUGUGUGAGUGCCUGCGAGCUGCCUGCUCACUUGGCCUCAUGUCGCUCUCAGAUUAGGUGAGGGGUGGAAGGGCCAUGUUCUCCCGAACUCUCUCUUCUCUUCUCACAGCAGCGUCACCCUGCUUUGCUGGUUGCCUUAUAGGUUGCUGAUCAGCAGGUGGGUGCAGGUUGCCCCCUCCUAGUCAUAGCUGCUGUUUGAUUUGAAUAGUCUCAUUGAUUUAGAGGGGAGCAUUGCUGGUCACCCCAAAAAGUGCUUGCAGAGGCUUGAGAUCUGGCUGCUGUGAUCGUGAGGGAGGUCAAAGCUGUGAAGGCUGCCAGGCUCUUAGGGGAGACCAAACGGGAGAUUUCAUGUUAUUUCCAGGGCCCAGUUUUAUCUCCUUGCUGCUGUAUGAGCUUGGCAGGGAUGGGCAGGACACGAAGCCAUGAAAUGAAAGCCGCUGAGUGUGUCUGUGUGUGUCCUUACCUCACCCCACAGGUAUCCUGUUCAAGUGUUUUCUCCUAUGGUCAGUGCAAUAUGUUUUGGUUUGUUUUUUUCCCAUUUCAAGGCAGCUUUUCUGUGUUUCCCCUUCAAAAUGUAUCAGAAAUCAACAGUAGAUUUCCCCCUCUCACUUUUUGACAGCAAGCAUUAAGGGACUUUAAAGCCAGUAUCAUUUUGCUCUUGCUCUGGUUUCUGGUGCUGGGAAGAAGUAAGCCUUCCUGCUGGGAAGCCCUUUUUGGUCCUCCAGUGUGGAAAUGACCAAGGGGAGAUGUUGCUACAAGAGGUUAAUGUUCAGAAUAGUUCCAUUUUCCCUCUCCCGGGUGCAUAAAAAGCUGGGCUGGGGGGGGUCAGCAGGGCAGGCACUGGAGCUGUGGCAAGUUAUGCCGACAGGGACUCGUUCCACACAUUUUAUGGUGCUCUGGAGUUCACUGCAAACUUCCCUGCUUGCCUAGUGGAGGAAACCACUUAAUACUGUCUUCAAACCUAUUUCUCUGUAUUUUUUUUAUCCCCCAUUGAGAAGGGUAAAUAAUCCUUUUGCUGAAUGGUGCACUUCAUUUCGAGGGUGAGAUCUCAGUGCCUGGAGUGGUUUAAAGGCUUCCUCAGUUCCUGCUGCUCAGGAGCUCUCCAGGUCUUUUGUGCUAUGUAUGGUCCCUCCUAUUUGUUCCUCAGGUGACUCUGGCUGUUAGUCUUGGGGUUUCUGCUGUCUGUUUACAGAGCUGACCGGACCGUUGGAGACCAUUACACACGCAUGUCACAUCGAGCCAUGCCGGUGACCUUCUGAGUUGUGUUAUUUUUAUAAAUUAAACCCCCCCUUUGGAACAAAGGAAGCCCUGUGAGCUGUC